AUGGCGGACCUUCGGGCGCAGAACGCCCCGCCAACGUCCGCGGAAACGCGAGUAGGGGGACUUACACUCCCCGCUAUGGCGGAGCUGGCGCAAGCCGCGGGGUUCUCAUCGGCGCAACCUCCUCGCACGAUGUGCUCGCAGUGUCAGCAGGAACCCGCCAAGUACAGGUGUCCUGGGUGUAGUGCUGCCACGUGUAGCGUGCCAUGCGUAAAAGCCCACAAGGCGGCGAGCGGAUGCACGGGGAAGCGCAACCGCGCGGAGUUUGUUCCUAUAACGAAGUUUGACGACAAUCAGCUGGUGUCAGGUUGUCACUUCUCUCAGCGCCACGACCUGCGUUUCCUGGAAGAUGCGCUGCUGCAGUAUGACGUGGCGAAGCGCACGCGCACGGCUCUUGGGGUGCGCUACGAGGCCCAGGUGGGAAAGCACUGGGGCCGCAUGCAGCAGACAGCCAAGCAGAGGGGCGUGCAGCUACUGCUUAUGCCGCCAGGAAUGUCCAAGCGGAAAGCCAACAGAACAUACUUUCAGCACAGGAAGCGGUGCAUCAUGUGGCAUGUGCGAUGGCAGUUUGCGAUCCGGUCCAUCCGCAUGGAUCCCAACGACAACAGCCACAUAGAUGCCAGAGCUAGCAGCCGACACAUCAGCAAGGCACAAGACAUUGGGACGUGUAACGCCGCCCAGGGCAUCACCAGCGAUCCGCCAAACACUGCUGUUGCAGCAGGCAGCAGCGGCGUGAACGGCACACCAGCCGAUGCAACGAGUUUGGGAGCAGUGUUGCAGCCCCCAACCACCUCCUCCACCUCGCUCUCAACGUUCCUUCUGCCGCACACCAUAGAUUCGAUAAUCUCAGAAGAUGAGCCGCUGAUAGCAGCAGCUGAAGCAGCCUUAAGACAAGCACUGAAGACCCCAAUUGGAGCAGCACACCCACCAGCAGCAGGAGGAGGAGCAGCAGCAGCAGCAGCAACAGCCACUACCACCACGACCACAACAACCACCGGCAGGAGCAUCAACAGCAACGGAAGCAACAGCACCACCGGAAGCAGCAGCACCACCGGAAGCAACACCAGCUCCCUCAUCGCGGCAAUCUUCGCCUCCAGCAGCCUCUUUGGGAGAGGUCUUGCAGCGACUGAGACUGCAGCUAGAAACGCCACCCUCCCAGUUGUACAGCCCUUCCGUCUCCAGGGGAACUUUAUGGGUUCUCGCAAAAACGAGGAAUCUUCUGCCGUCGCCGCUGCGUCCUUCGUGGCCAGCUCUUUCCGAAACGGCGCAUCCGCGAAUGGCGUGCUGACGAAAAGUCGUGAAAGUGACGGACCUGUGGCGAAUGGGGUUACCAUCGCCAACGCCGUCGCGAACGUGGAGAACGCGUUUAACGAGUUGAAGAAAACGAUCGUGAACGUCGCAGCAGACAGCAUCGUUUCUGUCGAGGGGAAGAACAAAGCGGAGGAGGUGAUUCAGGAGAAGGAGAAGGAAGCAGAGACAAUGGAUGAGGAGGAGGAUUACGAGGAGGAGGAAGAGGAGUACGAGUAUCCAGUUGUGGCGGAUGAACCCGAUGAAAUUGAUGCUCGCGACGCGAACACGCCUGACAAGUGGAUAUCCCGUCACCCCUCUCUCGUGCGCCUAACCGGAAAGCACCCCUUCAAUUGCGAGCCGCCGCUCUCCCGCCUCCUAACUUCUGGCUUAGGCUCGGGCUCCGCCUCGGAUUCAGGCUCGGCAGCUCUCCCCUCGCGCUCGGAUCCAGCCUCGGGGUUCAUCACUCCCGUGCCUCUCCACUACGUUCGGAACCACGGCUACGUGCCGCGCUUGGACUGGUCCACAUGGCGAAUCGACAUCUCCGGUCUAGUCAGCAAGCCUGCCAGCCUAUCAAUGGCAGAUCUCCUCGCGAUGCCUUCCAGGAAGCUUCCUGUGCUGCUCGUGUGCGUGGGGAACAGGCGGAAGGAGCAAAACGCGGUGAAGCAGACGAUUGGGUUCAGUUGGGGAGCGGGGGCGGCGGCGACGACGGUGUGGAAGGGUGUUCUGCUAAGAGACGUGCUUAUAAAGUGCGGCGUUCAGCUAAAAGGGAAGAACGCGGGGAAGUUCGUGUGCUUCGAAGGGGCGGAAACGUUGCCGGGAGGAGGGGGGAGUACUUACGGAACUAGCAUGGAAUUAUGGAGGGUAAUGGAUCCCGCGAACGAAGUUCUCCUGGCGUACGAGCAAAACGGGCAGGUGCUUUCCCCGGACCACGGGUUCCCGGUCAGGGUAAUUAUCCCUGGAUUUAUCGGCGGGCGGAUGGUCAAGUGGCUGAAAAAAGUCGAAGUUACCCGGGAGGAAUCGCAAAACUACUACCAUUUUCACGACAACCGCGUGCUUCCUUCGCACGUGGAUGCGGAGACAGCUAUGAAAGACGGCUGGUGGCGCAAAAAAGAGUAUAUCUGCAACGAGCUGGCAAUUAACUCUGCCAUAGUUAGUCCGGACCAUGGGGACGUGGUGGCAUUGGAGGGCGGCGCGGGCCGGCAGGUAGUGACGAUGAAGGGGUAUGCGUAUUCGGGCGGCGGCAGGAGGGUGACACGUGUCGAGAUCACAUUGGACGGCGGGAACACGUGGCGGCUGUGCGAUAUCACUCACCCCAGCCCUCCCACGCGGCACGGCAAGCACUGGACGUGGAGCCUGUGGGCGACGGAGGUCCCGGUGGUGGAUCUGGUGGGGGUGAAGGAGGUGGCAGUUCGGGCGUGGGACGACGCCACCAACACACAGCCCGAUAAGCUGACGUGGAAUGUCAUGGGCAUGAUGAACAACUGUUGGUUCCGAGUGCGAGUGGCCCCCACAGUGACCCCAGCGGGCUCCAUAGGGCUUCAGUUCAUCCACCCAACCCGCCCCGGCAACCUCCCUGGCGGCUGGAUGUAUGACAUGCCAGGGGAAGGGGUGGGGGAGGGCAAGGUAGGGGCAAGCACAGCAGCAGGAGGUUCAACUGCUGCUGUUCUCAAGGCAGCUGAUGCUCCUGCUGCUGCUGGUGUUGCUUCUCAGGCGAAGCAAGGCGGCACUCCCGCUCCUGCAGCUUCGCCAGCGGUGGCAGGUUCGGGAGCACGAUCCAGUUCGUCCAUUCGGAAGAUUACGAUGGCUGAGAUCGAGCGGCACGCAGACGAAUCGUCACCGUGGAUCGUGGUGCAUGGGAGGGUGUAUGAUUGCACCAAGUUCCUCAAGGACCACCCCGGCGGCAGCGAGAGCAUCACUAUCAACGCGGGCACGGAUGUCACGGAGGAAUUUGAUGCGAUACACUCGGAGAAGGCUAAGAAGAUGCUCGAGGAGUACUAUAUAGGGGAUUUGGCUGGGGAAGGCGAGGAGGGUACAGAGAUGACUGCUUCAGUGGCAGCUGCUGCUCCUGAGUCUGCUCCUCCUGCUGCUGCAACGCCUGCUCCCACUCCUCUCCCUGUCUCUCCCACUGCCCUCCAUCCCACCACACUCGACCCCAAGAAGCGAAUCCCCGUGCCUCUCCUCUCCAAGGUCUCCCUCUCUCCAGACGUCCGGCGCUUCAGAUUCGCCCUCCCCUCGCCCAAUCACAUCCUCGGGCUGCCGGUCGGCAAGCACUUGUUUGUUUGUGCCAAGGUGGGCGGCAAACUGGUGAUGCGCGCGUACACGCCGACCACCUCAGACGAAGAUGGGGUGGGGUAUUUCGACCUGGUGGUGAAGAUCUAUUUCAAGGGGGUAGUUCCACAGUUUCCCGACGGCGGGGUUAUGUCACAGCACCUCGAGUCACUAUCCAUCGGUGACACUAUCGAGAUUAAGGGCCCCCUGGGGCAUAUUGAGUAUCUCGGGAGGGGAAAGUUCCUGGUAAGUGGGGAGGAGAAGCAGGGGAAGAAGCUGGCUAUGCUGGCGGGAGGCACCGGAAUUACCCCCAUUUAUCAGGUGGCAAAAGCGAUUCUGGCCGACCCGGAGGAUAAGACGGAGAUGUGGGUGCUGUUUGGGAACAGGAGUGUAGCGGAUGUGCUGCUACAAGACGAAAUGGACCAGUGGGUUGAACAGUACCCGGGAAGGUUCCAUGUGUGGUACACUGUGUGCGAGCCUGUGCCUGAGGAUUGGAAGUAUGGGGUUGGGUUUGUCACUGCUGCGAUGGCCAAUGAGAGGCUGCCACGUGGCGAGGAGGACAGCCUGGCGCUGAUGUGUGGCCCUCCGCCUAUGAUCAGAGCGAUGACGCCGCUGCUCGAAGGCAUGGGUUACUCGAGCGAUCGCAUGUUGACAUUCUGA